GUAAAACCAGCACAAGGCUUUCUCCUCCGUCUCUCUUUCCUCUCUCCUUCUCUUUGCUCUCUGCCGCGUCGAAAAAUGAGAAACAAAUGAUUAAUAACGAGAGAAACCCAGAGAGAUAUUGAAAAUUCGCUCCAGAUCAGAAGCUUCAAUCGCUAUUCACGCCUCCAUCGAACUUUAUUUGGCUUUGCGAUUUCUGUUUUCGUUAUUCAAUUUCUCGAUUGAAUCAAUUGAAUUUCCGAGUCGAGGAGAAGCACUUAGAUGGCAGAGAAAGCUUGUAUAAAGCGUCUUCAAAAAGAAUACAGAUCACUUUGCAAGGAACCAGUCUCACAUGUUGUUGCUCGUCCUUCCCCAAAUGAUAUUCUCGAGUGGCAUUAUGUGUUGGAAGGCAGUGAUGGAACUCCUUUCGCAGGUGGAUUCUACUAUGGGAAGAUCAAGUUCCCUGCAGAAUAUCCUUACAAGCCACCCGGAAUCACGAUGACAACACCAAACGGUCGAUUUGCGACACAAAAGAAACUCUGCUUGUCUAUGAGUGAUUUUCAUCCAGAAAGCUGGAAUCCAAUGUGGUCAGUGUCAAGCAUACUUACAGGACUUCUCUCAUUUAUGAUGGAUAACAGUCCCACAACUGGAAGCGUGAACACGACUGUAGCCGAGAAACAACUCUUGGCGAAGUCAUCUCUUGCUUUCAAUUGUAAAAAUGCAACUUUUCGGAAACUAUUUCCCGAGUAUUUAGAGAAGUAUAGUCAGCAACAAGUAGCUGAAAAAGAAGAAGAAGCAACAGCCACGCAACAGAGAACACCUGAGGAUUCUCCUGAGAAGGACAACGCGAGAGACGAGUCAGAGAAAAGCGUUGGUCUCAGAAAGGAAGACACGAAAGAAGUGGGAUUGAACAAGAGGAGAAGGAACAAGAAAGAAGCAUUACCAGGUUGGAUAAUAGUGUUGCUAGUAUCGAUUGUUGGAGUUGUAAUGGCUUUGCCUUUGCUUCAACUGUGAUUAGAUGCCAAAGCAACGCAACAUGAUUGCAAAAUCAGUCUGGUAAAAAAUUGUUUAUCUUUGCUCUCUCACUCUCAAUACUAAGUAGUGUCUUUUGUUCUCACCCUUUCUUAUAAAAAAUCAGUUUACAUUGAGUUUGUAAUGGCACUUAAAGUCACAUAUAUAUAAAAUGUAGCUUAACUGAAA